AUGGCCAAGAAUACAAAGGAAAUGAAAGGCCCAACAAAAUCACCAGAGGAGAUGCAAAAAUACACAAUGCUACUUUUCAAGGGAGUUUCGGAAGCAACAACCGUACAGAGCGUUUUGCAGCUGAUAAAAGGCUCCGACAUUUUGCUGGCCGAAAAGGAGGGCUCCACUGUUGCUAUUGGAUUUUUCUCGUACUUUGAAAUGUACCAGCAGUGGGCUCUUCUGGGCAGAGAGGCCGUGGUCGACGGGCAGAUCGUGAAGAUAGAAGUUGUGGAGAGUCGGCUCUCAGAGGAGGACCGAAACAGAGCGCACUUGGCGCAUCUGGCAGGCGGAACGAGAAACAUCAUGCUGGCAAACUUUGAGGACUUCAUGGCAGGGGACUUUAUCCGCGAGGAGGCCGAGAAGUACGGGGCAGUCGAGUCUAUCAAGCACAUACGGGACCGAAAGGUGGCGUAUGUCGAGUUUUUUUCCUUUAUGCCUGCAAUGGAGUUCGUGGCGAACAUCCGAGAAGACACCCUCUUUCAAAACGUGAAGGUCUGCUUCAGCAGAGACAAGUGCGGCUUGGGCGACUCGGAGGAAUCUGCUGCCUACAACAACAGGACAGUGUACUUUGGAAACAUCCCCGCAGACAUAACACCAAGAGAGAUUCUGUCUGUGGUGCAGGGCGGGCGGGUCUACAUGAUAAAAACCAUAAAGGAAAAAAAGUGUGCGUUUGUUGGGUUUUUCAGCUAUAUAUCAGCAGCAGCGUUUAUUGAGUACUCGCAGGUUUUCUCUGUUUGCAUCCGGGGAAUGCAGGCAAAGCUGGGGCCUGGGAAAAUACAGCCCAUGCCUUCCUUGGCAGCAGUGCUUGCAUACAAAGGGGUGACACGAUGUAUUAUGGUCCGGGUGGACAGGGCGCAGCAAGAGUCCAAAAUAGAGCAGGAGAUAGCCAGACACGGGGACGUAGAUAGAAUAGAUAAGAAAGAAGGCGACGCCUGGGUUGUGUCGUACCUGUCUGUGCAGGAUGCGUACAGCGCAUACCAGUCCAUGUCCAACGUGCCCGUGCUCAAUCGCAUGCUUUACGGAUAUGCAGAAGACCCGUGCGCCGAAGUGUCUGCGCUAGACUUAAUGAUGGAGGUGCAAAAAAAAGAGUUCAUGGUGUAG